GUUUAUUCGGGCACUACAACGACCAACAUCGCCCCUAAUGAAGGCGAAGCAGUGUAAACACAACUCCAGGAACAUGAAAAGAUCGGGUGACAGUGUGGGGGAGAAGAGAAGAAAGAGGCGUAAGCUAUUGCAGGAGUUGGGAGACCAGAAGAUUCCCUUCCUGGGACCUUCGGAUCGAGGCUUUCAGCACCUGUGGGAUUCCAGUUACUCCGGACUGGUGUUGAGGCGAUCGUGCUCGCUGGCCGCUGAGCUGCACAGCCGGGUCCAGGCAGCUCUGCUCACCCUCAGAAAGAAGGGCUGCCUCCUGAAAGAUCUGGUUCGGGUCCGAGACCGCGAUGUGUUCACCGCCGUCUGCCGAGUGCUGCUGGGCGAACCGGGACACACCUACCGCUAUCUGGACACGCGGCUCUUUGCUAUUCCCUGGCACAACGAAGAUGCCAACCUCAAAGGACAGAACUGCUGCGACGCUGAUUUAAGAGCGGCUUGUCAGGCGCUGUGGGAGAUCAACAACUUCUUCUGCACAGACGUGUCUCAGCUGAAGGAAGGAGACAGGCUGACGCAGUGCGUGAAGGCCGAGGCGGAGGCCAAACAAGGCGAGGAGGGCGACACGGAGUCCAAACACAGCGAAGAGUCCAAGAACAGCGAAGGGGGGGACUCGGAGUCCAGACAGAGCGAGGAAGGGGAAACAGAGUCCAAACACAGCGAGGAAUGGGACAUUGAGUCGAGGCACAGUGACGAAGGCUGCUCCGGGUCGAAACAGGAAGGCGAGUGGGAGGCCGAGUUCAAGCAGAGCAGCGAGGAGGGCGAGUCCUCCAAAGUCAAACAGCUCGACACCAGCGUCGCCACAGUCUCAGAACAAGGAAAAUGCCCCGGGUGGGCGAAGGAGGCAAUCAGCGGGGUAGAGACUGGACCUGCGGGACUCCAGGCCCCGGAGAAGCCUCUGGCGCAGCUAAAGCACAGCUUGUCAGGUUACCACAUUCAGGACAGAGAGGACCCAGCGAGUGGGCAGGGCUGCUCCCAGCCCAGUCCUCCUCCGCGGACCUGCUCCGGCCCGGUCCAGUUCAACGUCACCUUGCUGAACUACAUGGACCCGGCGCUCACAGGCCAGCUCAAGGAGGAGCCGUACUACGGCAUGGGGAAGAUGGCGGUAGGGUGGCACCACGACGAGAACCUCAUCACGCACUCGCCGGUGGCGGUUUACAACUACAGUUGUCAUAGCGACAAAGGUGAGAGCAGCGAAGGCGGCACCAGUGAGACGACUCGCUGGAGGAUCGGGCUGAAAGUGGCCUGGGACAUCCACACGCCGGGCCUGAUUCUGCCGCUGGAGUCCGGAGACUGCUACUACAUGAGAGACGACCUGAACGGCACCCACCAGCACUGUGUCCUUGCCGGAGACACGGCGCGCUUCAGCUCCACGCACAGAGUGGCCGAGUGCUCCAGCGGGACCCUGACCUACAUCCAGUCCCGGUGCCGGGAGGCCUUGUCCAACCUGCGCACCGACGCUGAGACGGGCUCCCACAGCCUGCUGGUCCUGCAGCCCAGAACGCUACAGAACUGUGAGGAGAUACACAAUGAGGUGGAGUUUGAGUGGCUGCGGCAGUACUGGUUUCAGGGACACCGCUACGCCCGUUUCUGCAGCUGGUGGAGCGGACCGAUGGAGCAGCUGGAGAAGGACUGGAGGCUCAUGGAGACCAUGACGAUGCUCUUCCUGGGCACAGUAGAGGAGGAAGACCAAGCAGGGGAGGGGAGGAGGGAGAUGGCAGAAACCCUGCUGUCUGCCCUGACAGACAGACACCAGCAAAGACAGACAUGGAGAGACAGGUGCCACUCAAGUCUGGCCCAGACGUUACCCCCCGAGGAGGCCCCCGUGGACCGGCCCUUCUGGGGUGUGGACGACCCCAGCAUGCCUCUGCCUUUUGAUCUGGCUGACAUCAUCAGCAAAGUGGAGUCCCUGCUUUGGAGGUGCGCCCGAGUUGUUCAAAUGUAACAACGUGCUCACACCGGGUACACGAAGGCGAAGACCAACACGGAUGUGAAGGACGGAUAGAGGAAGUGAUGAAUAAAGAAAGGGAAAGAGGAACCCACCAGCUUUUCUGAGCGGUCCCACCGACGUUGAUCCCCCCCACCUCUCUACCAUUCCUCCAAACACCACCUCCUGACUCCAGAGCCCCCGGCUGACCCCGGCAUCUCAGCCGCCCCCCCGACCGGGUUCUGGCUGGACAGAACCCGGACCCGCCCACCACAGAAGACCCGGCAUAGUGCUUCAGUAACGUGCUAACGAUGCAAAGCUUAGCCCGAGCUAGCGGUGUCACAGCAGACUAAUGAAACCUACGUGGAACCUGCAUUUCAGUGUUAGCAUUCGUAACUAUUUAUUAUUUCCGUGUUACUUACUCUCACGUAAACCCAGACAUGCUUCUUUCUGUCAGUGGAUAGCGGUCCCAGUUCAGCACAUCCAACUAUGCUUUUCUACCCGUCACACAGUGUUAUGAAACCGUAGGAUGGUAAGAAAACUCACUCUUUGCUCACAUUGUGUGUAGUGUAGCCCCUUUUUCUGAUGUUUGGGAAGUGGAAUAACCCCGAAGAGACCAAAGAAAGAUCACGAUUUGAGAGUUGUGAAUGUCACCCGGUGGAAUGCAUGAAGUGUGUGUUGUCAAGUGUUUGCACUUGUGCCAUACGGAUGUGAGAGUGUGUGUUUGGGUGUGUGCAUUUAGCCAUGUGAGGAUGCAUGUGAUCAGUUGUGUGUGCUCCCCUUCCCCAAGCGUCUUCAUGUAGGUGCGUGUGUGUGGAUGCCAUAGUGUGUGUGUCCGUGUGUGUGUGUGUUUGGGGGUGUGUGUGUGUUUGAGCCAGUAGGCUGCCUGCCAGUUGUUUGUUCCCGAAGACGUGCACACGGAGAAAACAGAGUGAAGCGGCGCAGCGCCUCUCUGCAUCUGCUCUGAUGAAAGGCGGCGCUGACGGAGUGACCCGGAACACAACCGCCGUUUCUCAUAAUUACAGCUGUUAUAUCGCUUUUAAUUACUCUUAAAGCGUGUAGAGCACCACAUUCCCCCUGUAAUGCUGCGGGCCAUCCGAGAGAGCGGGAGAAAGAUCCGGCGCUUCUGACAAAAAAAAAAUAAAUUAAAAAAUCCACUUUCAAAAAAAAAAAAAGCUCAAAAAGGCAAAAAAAAAAGAAAAAGAGGGCCGACGUCAAAGCAGUGUAGCAGCCUUCCUCGUUUGAUUUCUCUCUCUAUCUAGUUCAAGAUGAAGUAGAGAUGCUGUUUACUAUUAAAAAUUCAGAAUGCACUCUGUUUUUUACUUCAGAAGUUUUUUCCAAGAUGUUAAUAGUUGCCAAAUGCUGUUCUUCUUGCUUCUUCUUUCAUUAUUUUUUUUGAUUUUGUUUUGAUUUUUAUUUGUUGUUGGGUUUUUUUUUUUUUUUUGCGCCUUUGUUGUUUGUAUUUGUCAGAGAUUUGUUUGUAGAUCGGCAGCAGCUUCGACCUGUUUGAAUCACUCCGUGCUCCCUGCGCCUCGGCUUGUCUGUUUGAAGCAAUAGGAAUGGCAGUAAAUAAAAAAUGUGUUUUAUCCAG